AGUUAUUUACUAUUGCCUCUGUAGACAAUAAGAAAUAUCUUGUAAAUGCCGGCAUUGCAAGUUUUUAAGGUAUUUUAUUUUAAGCAGAAUUAAUUGGAAGCAAUGGCUUUAAUUGCGCAUAUAAAUCCACCUCAAGAUGGUCUAAUUUACACUGCUAAUAACACCAAGUUGAAAAUAGGAGAAAAAAUUGUUGGAAAAGGAACAUUAUAUAUAAGCCAAAACUCUUUUGGAUGGCAGGCAGAAAAUAUGAGUGAAGGUAUUUCCAUACUAUGGAAACAAAUCAGCGUGCAUGGGAUAUCAUCUAUACCAAGCAAAUGUAUAUAUUUUAUGUUAGAUCAUAAUCUUGAGUGGCGAGGUGUAUACGAUAAAGAAACGCGAGCGUCUGUUCCAAAUAUUAAUCUGAAUGGCAAUGUUGAUGGCGCAGAAAUUUUGCACCAGAUAAAUGGAGAAAUUAUUCCUAUGCAACAACAGUUAGAUGAUGAAAGAAAUGGUGAUGUGGAUGAGGGGAAUGUUACUGAUGAUGAAGGCGAUAUCACUGAUGAUCAUUUGACUGAAUGUUGGAUUCUUCCAGAUGACGUGAAUACUGUUGAUAUUAUAUUUCAGGCAAUGACCGAGUGCCAAGCCCUUCAUCCAGAUUCUGCUGACAGUCUUUCUGAAGAAAGUGAUUUUAUGGAUGAUGACGACGGAACUAAUCUUGAAAAUGUCCCCGUACUUGUUGGAAAUGGUGCUAGAGAUGACGCUGAAGACGCCCAAGGAGGUAUACGUAAUUUAAAUUUAAAUGAUGAGCGUUUUGCUGACGCAGAUGAGUAGACACCAUUUUCCAUAACAAUCUAAUUUCUAGUAUUAAAUUCAAUUUUUAUUAAAAGUCUU